AGCGUGGUUACUUUGAGUUACAUCACCGAGAACUUGAGCAACCGUUAAUCAACACAAACGUACAUAGCAAAUGUUAUGAUCGGUUAUUUUACCACUCAAGCGUGGCAUUGUCGAAAACAGUAUCACCCCUCGUUCCCUUAUCCGAUCGUUCCAAUAUUUUAUCAACUUUAAUUAUGUAACACUAAUGUUUUCUCUGUCCGAGCAGAAUUGUGCGGCAAAGUAAUGUGUGCGCUGACUCUAGAACACAAUACUGAACUGUGCAUCAAUUUAGUCAUCACCACCUUUCAGUGACAAAAAACUGUUCUACUAAUUACCUUCAGUUAUAUUUAACGUUUUCCAUUGUUGACAUUCUAUAUUCUUAGUAGAUGUUGAGAUUAAUUGUGCAUGUUCUUGCAUUGUUUGUUUCAAUAAUUGUCCAAUAUUUAUCGUAAAAUUAAGCUUUACUUGAUAUUUUGAAUAUAAUUUCAUUAAUAAAAGUGAAUUCUCACCUAAUGAAAUGAUAUGUAAGUUGGCCAAUUUUGUUUGUUUGUUUUGUUUUGGUAAUUAAUUCAACAGAUGUUACGUUAACAUUUUGAACAAAACUUAGACAUGAAAAAUGCAAGGGAAAGCAAAAAGUGCUAAGCAUCUAUAAGUAUAUAGCUUUCCCACGUUUGCACUACCUAGUCAGAUUUGCAAGUGUCGACGCAAACGAGCAAACCCGACACCAUCAAAUCGUAACACUCUUCAUCAAGCUCAAGUCGAAGUUCCUUUUGCUCGAACUGAGAUCAUCCUUAGUAGUUUUUCUGUAAAGCUGCUCAUGAGUGGAAUUCAACCCCAUCCGAGGUUUUAGUGAGCUCUUCUUGCUUUCCUAUGCUUUCCCUUUCAUUUUUCAUGUCUAGAAAAAGAUUUCAAAGAGUUUUUAACGCGUUUCGCUAAGAGAAUGUAGUGUUUGUAAAGGAAAAAGCGAGAAUUUAUUACUCCAGUUUGUACUACUAUACUUUGGACUAAUAAACUUUGCACUACAACCUUUGAUUUCAUCAUAGCCGUUUCAUGCAACUUGUGACGAAAGUGCCGUGCCACCUGUCUAAAAAAUCAGAUACUUUCGUCACAACCGAGAUGAACUUUCGUCACAAAAGGGGUUGACUUUCGUAACUACUGUGUAAACAUAGCUAAAUUUUUGUCACAUGCCGAAAGAACUUUUGUCAUUGAAAACAGAACUUUCGUCAUGUGACGAAAGUUCAGCAUUAUCCGAUGACAUUAUCCGGUGACGAAAGUGCUGUGAAGCUUCAAAAGAGCGAACAAAGUCCCGACUGACGUGAACAACAAUAAAGAUAACAGUUAUACACUACUAAGCAUCUCUAUCAAGACUUAUUCUGUAAAAGGCGUGUACCCUACAUCAGUGACAUCUUGUGGAAUGUUGUUUAGGAACUACUAUCAUUUAACCUCUGUAAUUGGCUUCCGCACAGAAAUUGACUUUCUUACCUUGCAGACAUGAUGCCAAACAGUAGUAAGGACCUUCACAGUAUGUUUCUUUUACUCAAGGUUGUUAUUACGGUGAAUUAUGUGAAUUUACGAUAAGUGAAUAUUCUUUAUCGUUCGAUCCAUCAUUUGGUCAAUUAAUUACUGUUAAUUUACCACUGUUCAAACAACCAUUUUUAAUUAAAUUAUGCUUUACAUUAGUAAUUAUGAUGUUAUUAUUGGGUUAG